CUCACAGGAAGGAACCGUGCACCAAACUUCCUGCUACGCUGCCUGGCAAUCGUCCUGCUUUUGACAAUUAAACAGUGAAGACACAGCGAGGAUGACGACUCUCCUUCGCAGACUGGCAGGGCCCAGGUGUUCAUCGAUGCGGUGGCUGAGUGAGAUUCAGCGGGAAACGCACGGCCGACCUUCCCAUCUGAUCCCCCGGGACGGAGCGCGACCGUUGGCCGGUGGUGGUGGCCCUCUGACAGUGUGGAGUCGCGCACACAGCCGCGGGCUGCACACGGAGGCGGCAGAGCAAGUAGAGGUGGAUUUAAAGCCUUUAGAGGGGGUAGACGAUGGGAUAGUGGAGGUGUUGAUGUGUCGACACAAGACAAGAAACGCUCUGGGCCACGUGUUUGUGUCACAGAUGAGGGAGCUGGUGUCCACUCUGUACAAGGACUCAGCAGUUCGCGUGGUUGUCUUCAGGAGUUUAGUGCCAGGGGUUUUCUGUGCAGGUGCAGACCUGAAAGAAAGAGCUCUGAUGAACAACACCGAGUCUGAUCUGUUUGUUCACGGCCUGCGAUCCCUCAUGACUCAGAUAGCAUCGUUGCCGAUGCCGACCAUCGCAGCGAUGGAUGGUGUCGCCCUGGGAGGUGGGCUGGAGUUGGCUUUGGCCUGUGACCUCCGCACCGCUGCAUAUUCUGCACAGAUGGGUCUGAUUGAGACGUCACGGGGGCUGCUCCCAGGGGCUGGGGGCAGUCAGCGGCUGCCGCGGAUGGUCGGCAUCACUCUGGCCAAAGAGCUCAUCUUCACAGGUAAGCGUGUGGGAGGUCAGACGGCUCUGGAGAUGGGGCUCGUAAACAGAGCAGUAGCACAGAUCCAGACAGGAGACGCUGCCUACAGAGAGGCACUCAGCCUGGCCAGAGAGAUACUGCCCCAGGCUCCUAUCGCUGUGCGGAUGGCAAAAGAAGCAAUAAACAGAGGCUCUGAGGUUGACAUAAGUUCCGCAAUGGCAAUAGAGAGAAUGUGUUAUGCUCGGGUCAUCCCCACGCGGGACAGACAGGAGGGUAUGGCUGCCUUCAUAGAGAAGAGACCCCCGCGGUACACUGGGGAAUAAACUCUUUUGAGCUAUUGAAUUCCUCUCUCACGCAGACGCACACCGCUCUCUGAAACCUCAUGUCUGACAGACAAUGAACACCCAUUGAUUGUAUCUAUGCACCCCAGCCAGUGUCAAUACACUAGUUAAGGCCAGCUUGAGUUCUCAAUGGUGAUUGUUUGCUUUUGUGACAUUAAUGAUGAAAUGUGACAAAAUGUGACUUUCAUUUGAUCUAUACACAACAGUGUAAUACUGUUUGACACGGUCCACAGCGUACUUCAUGGGUGAUGUGAAGCCCACCUUUUGGAAUAAAAAAGGCAACACAAGUGUCAUCUCCAGUUUA